GAAAACAACAACAACCCCCCAGUGUUGUUUUCGUUCUUCUACUUGCUUCGAGAUAAUUUUUCGUGAAGAAAUGAAUAAAAAUAUGACGACUGUUAAAGAUCCAGAACUGCACGCCAAAGUCAAGAAAACAACCGAAAAAAUAUCGGAAAACAUGCACAUAAUUGCAAACGAACCAAGUCUUGCGUUCUACCGCAUCCAGGAACACGUAAGAAAAGUAAUUCCUCUGAUUGUGGACCGACGAGCGGAAGUAGUUCAACUGCAGCAAGAUUUGCAGGGCAAAUGCUACGACAUGGAAUAUGCCAUAGGGGCCGUAAAAGACAUAGAAGCUGCCGAUGACUCGUUGAAAAACGUUCAGGAGUUGUUGAAAAACGCAAUUUUCCUCAAGCAGCAGCUUAAAUAUGUGGAAUCGAGGAGACCCAAGCGAGACUCGAACAGUUCGGUGUACAAACGACUCUCUGCCCACAUAACGUUAGACUUGCCCGAUCUCACCGACUUUUCCGGAGUGGUGCGCGAAACUACCAACCGGGUGGAGCAUAUGAUGUCGCAGGCCAGAAAUUCAAACAGCAAUAUCAACAACAACUCCACCGGAACCGCAAGCACCACUGGAGCGGGUCCUACGGAGUUGCAACGAUCCUACACCACGCUUCAUUGAACUGUUCAUCCCGGAUCCGUUUGGUUUGGUUUUGCGACGUGUUCCUUUUAUUUCUCGCUGUGAUUGAUUGAUUAUGUUUACGAAAACUUUCCACAUUAUAACACAAUAAAGUAUUAUGGUUUCGUUUCCAUUGGAGGAAACUCAAAUAAAAAUGUAUUUAUUUACGACA